CGGACCGGCGACGGGAGUGUACGUUACGAGGCAUCGCGUGCUGCUCCGAGUCCUCCGUAACAUUUACGCGAUACUCGACCAAGUCUCAUGAUCACCUAUCGCGACUAUGUUAUAGUGCUAGUUGUUGUUGGUACUCUUGCCCAAUUUGUAUGAAAAAUUCCUUCUCCACCAGCAGCAUCUGUGUUGAUUGUCAUUUUAUCACGUUAUUAUGUCUCGGUAUAGAUGUACACCAUAUUCACUCGUGUACAUUUCAACGCACAGAAAGGUUAGGUCUCUUAGCUAAAUGACGCUCUUUUACCUGUAGAUAUACAUGUAUAUGUGUGCAUAAUGAUACAGUGACAGUACUUUGACAUAACCUUGAAACCUCCGUAGGAAUUCUCUACCGAAGCUGCGUAUUACACGAGUGGGUAUUGCAGUAGUAAAUAUCGAGAGGAGCGUCGCGACUCUUCACGACGGAGGACGAUUCGGGGCAUUGAAAUCUGUCUCAAGUGUUUUUCGAGCGGUGUUGUCGUCUCGCGGUCGUUUGCUCUUGUGACGUAAAGAGACAAGCCGAGACUCGCGGAGCAAGGCCAGAUAGAAGAAAUCGGUCGAGAUUUAUGUCUGCAGACAUUAAUAACAGAUGGAUUAAAAUAAAUCGACGAUUGUAAAUCUCUUAAAGUUGGUCUACGAUAGAGAGUCACGUGCGUAAGAGUGGGGACGCCGCACAAGGGUUAUUCGAAUUUAUUGCCAUCUGGUCGAGACUAUAAUCUAGGAUACAGUGUCAAGGCCACGUUCCCGUCAACCUGUGCGACUUGCACGCGCUGGAGUAUGUGUCUCUCUGGCUUCCAAUGAGACAAGAAUUCUCGUGCGUCUCAAGUCUUUGUUCGUAAGAUGCUGUCGAGUGCGUUUACACGGUAACGGUAAUGUGACUGGUUACAGCAUUUCUGGUGAUAUGACGAAAAUAUAUGUGUUUUGACGCGUCUGCUGAUUUGUCAGCUGUUCCCAGCCGGAUCUUGGCAAUGGUUUCUGCGCAGUAAAAUCGCACGAAACAGUAGGUUGACACGUCAAACUGAACGAUGAAGUCGAGCAUGUACGAGAGCUCUUCUGUCUUCUGUCGAAAAAUCAAAUGGAACGACACAGCUGCGCCAAGAGCAUGGUUGUGGUACUGAUGGACUGACGUGAUAUCGUUGCAAUUGCAUUUCAUAAUAAGAAUAAUAUUGCAGGCGCGGUUCGCUGAAAUUCUGAAUAACAGAUUUGGUGUUUUGUCGCGCGAUGGAAAUCGGUCUUGUGAUUCAGCCUCGCAUCGGCGACUGUAUCUUGUGCUCAGAGAGAGAGAGAGAGAGAAAGAGAAAAAGAUAGAGGAACUUGAACGUAAAGUCCCCUUCGCUUAUAAAAGUAAAAACAGCUGGCAGAUUGUAGUAUCUCGUUUGGUCGCUGGGUAAGCACGAAUCCAUGACUUUUUCAUUAGAGGAAACAAUUUCGCGGUCGGCGAGGACGAACUCUGAAUUGAAUGGAUAAUAUUUGAUGAUUCGCCGACUUCCUCUACCACGAUAAAACGGUCUUAUCUCUCCUCAGACGCGAUUAAGUGCGUAGAUUAUGCACAAGGCUAAUUUUAACGUGACAAACAAGGUGAAAUAAAUACGAUAAACUCUUCUCCAAAAUGGCCGCUAUGGGCACAUUUAUCGUUACUAUAUCUGAAAUGAACAUCCAUUCGAUGCACCGUGUUUUGGCGUGUAUGUGUUUAUCGACCAGUGUUAUCCUGGUAGAUUAAAUUAUGUGGUCCCAACAUCAGCAACCGUGUAUGGGGGGUGCUGUAACCCCCCAACAUCCUCAUUAUCAAAAUCUUCGUCCUGCGCAUCACGUGGAUAAUCAUUUGCAACAACGACAGCAGCAGCAACAACAGGGUACUCAUUCGCAUCAUCGUCAUGUCACAAUAGACACGGCGGUUUCAAGCAAUCCGCGCGCCUCGCGCAACAUGGCCGAGAAGCAACGUCGGGAUAACCUGAACACCAAUAUCUCGACGAUGGCUGCACUGGUACCAACCGUCGCCGGAAGUUCGCGAAAGAUGGACAAGAUUUCUAUACUCCGACUGGCGGCUGCCUUCCUGAGGACACAGUAUACUCUUGGUUCUGGCUCGGCUGGAUUUCUACCGCGUCAAUUCAAUGACUUCGACCUCGAGCAGUACUUCGUCGAUAACGUGGUCGGUAGUGGUGGAUUCGUGAUAAUAACUACGACGGUGGGGAAGAUUGUCUACGUCAGUCGGCACAUGGAGCAGCACCUUGGCCACGCUCAGAAUGAGGUGCAGGGACAGUCUCUCUACAACUUCGUCUGCCCGGACGAUCACGAGGAUCUCACCAGGAACCUUACCCCCGAUGACGAACAAUCAUCCACGUCUGAGAUACGGAGCACAACCGCAUCAGGAACUUCGCGUUUGAGUAUCGAGGAGAACUCAAACUCUUCCGAAGACCACAGCUCGCCGAGACACGAAAGACGGUUUCGAGAGCAAAAACGUAGCUUUAACCUGAGAAUGUCCCAACGUGCCGUCUCGAGACGAGAACAUACCCAGUACGAAUAUAUUCAUAUGUCAGGUGUACUGAGACUGGCCGAAGCAUGUAGGAAACAGGAUGCGAACUCCGGUAGCAGAACGAGACUUCGAGAAGUCAACUCUACCAGCAAUGAUAUCAUAUUCGUGGGCAUCGCACGACUACUGAAGAAACGUACCAUUACGGAAUUGUCUCUUCUGGAGGCCACCAAGGAUGAAUACGUCACUCGGCACCUUGUAGAUGGUAGAAUUAUUUUCUGCGACCAUAGGAUAUCCGUUGUCGCUGGAUAUAUGACUGAGGAAGUGUCCGGUCUAAAUGCCUUUAAGUUUAUGCAUAAAGAUGACGUUAGAUGGACGAUGAUCGGACUACGACAAAUGUACGACCGUGGUGAAGGAUUCGGCAUGUCUUGCUACAGGCUCCUUUCAAAGACGGGAGAAUUUAUCUACCUGCGGACGCACGGUUACCUCGAAUUUGAUAAGAACACACAAACCGUGGAAUCAUUCGUCUGUAUCAAUACUUUAGUACCUGAAGAAGAGGGCCUCGAACUUGUAAAUGAUAUGAAAACCAGAUUUUCUGCUUCUGUUUCAAACAUCGAUAACUCUCUGGUUGGCUUCAAAGAUGUUACACCAAGUUUCAACGGUCAAUCGCUUCCCGACUCUAGGAGUACAUUGGAAGAUCCAGUGGAACUUGAGGAUGCCAUUACCAACCUGAUCAGCGAACUGCCAUCUCCAAUAAUAUCGGAGAAUCGCGAAAUACCGUCACCCUUACCGCACUCACAGUACGUAAAGGCUGCAAUUCUCUCGCAACGUUUACCACCAAGUUCCGUACAAGCCAACAAAAUUGGUAUCAAGGAGAUCCAUCACACUUCUGUUUGUGUCGGCAAGGAAGUAAAUCGUACCGCGAAUGAUGAGCAAGUGAUUGAUUGCAAGUCACCAAAAGAAACAUCGCAUGUGGUGAAUCACCUUUCGGCAUGUGAAAAGAAACUGCCCAUACUGAAUUCGCCAUCAUCAGAGAAUAAUAGACUUCAUCAGAACGUGCCUGUGGCCGAAGAGAGUAUUCCUGAACUGGAUAAUCAUAGGGAGGAAAGCAGAAUAGUCGAACAGCCCAUGUCUGGUCGACGCAACGCCCCUGAAAAGAAAAUGUCUGGUGUCUCAAAAUAUCCACUUGCAGAAAAGAAAAUUCUCAGCGGUGAUAGAUCCCCAGCAGAAAGGGCUUCUCCAAAUAUUAAUCUCGAAGCAGGAACAACAAGCGUUCGCUGUAUGAGUCCUAGUCGAAGAAAGGACUUGAACAAGGUUGAAUUCACUGUGAACUCAGAAGUUUCUAUGGAGAGACCCUCAGUCGUCUUUGAAGCUAGACCCAACAAUGAGCAUACUAUUCUCCUUGCGAAUAUUCUCAAUCCGAGCAAUUCUAAUCAAGAAAAGGAAGAGGUUAUGUUUCAAGCUAAGCAUGUUAAGAAAGAAAUAUGCAGUGAUAUGGGUCAAGGAAGUUCCACUGUGAAAAGGACAUGCAAAAGCGAGGGCGAGGAGCCGGACCUGGUUUCUAGUAAAAGAAAACGUAAGAAGUCGUAUCUGAUUGAAGAGGAGACGUCCUUUGGUGCAGAGGCAUCGAUACCAGAUCCUCGAAGUACUUACUACGACGGUAACAGCGCCAUUGCGUCACCCAUCGUGUGUUUCCCCGACGAGGACCUACAGACUAGCCUCGCUCUAGAUGUUCCUCCGAUGGAGGAGCUACAUGUACCGAUCCAAUCACCGAGCUCGAGUUUGCAGGACAUCGCUAUGGAUUAUCAGCAGCUUGAUCCAGGUACCCUCGGGAUAUCCACUGCCGACGAGGAUCAGCUGAGGGACUUUCAAGACAUCCAGGAAGACACGCUCAGCCCGAGCCUCGACUCGAAUCCAGAUCUUAUGAAGAUGUUCGACAACCUCCGACCCGUCAUGGCUUUUGAAAAAAUUAUCGACAAGGUGAAGGCACAACAAUUUGCAGUGAGCGAUCAAGUUGUUAACGAAGAAAUACGAAGAACCCACCUUCAGCUCGCAAAUAGCAUGGCGUUGCGAGAAUCACAGUUCAGCAUAUUAGAACGUGAUCUGGAAGAUCCGGCGCUUCAGGCUCAGCGUGAAAAUUUUAAUCAAUUGCAGGCGGAACACGUAAAGCAAAAACAAUUCCUUAAAACGCUGCAACAAGAUCAUCAGAACAUGCAGAUCAACGUGAAGCAUAACAUCGACGUAUGAGAAUUAGCGAUCAAGGAAGUGCUUGGAAAGGCUUUCAGUUCGUCCUCGAAAAAGGAAAUAUAAUAAAAUAGAAACAGUAGCGGAUUCUUCAAUAGGAAAUUCACAAAAGACGACGAAAAUUCGAUCUUUCCAAAAUCUCAUUGAGUUGUAUCUGUGUGCAACUUCACUGAUUUUGCCAUGACGUGAAAUCCUACCAUCUCGAGGAUAUAUUCUCAAAGCUCUACUCAGGAAAAGUGCGAGAAGAAAUGAACAUUAUUACCAAAACAGAGACACCCCGUACACAUUAGAAAAUAAUUAAAAAAAAAAUGCGUUCACCCUGUGUCCCCGUAGGGACAUCUCUACGCGUGCACGAUCGCUACGAUCUUUAAUGUACUUCAGGGAAACUGUGAUUCGCAUAUGAUUGCAUUGCGUAUCCAUAUUCUAGAGCGGGUACUUUCUUUUCAUUAUAAGAAAUAAUUCGAUCCAAAUUCCCGAUUCGCACUCCCACGAAAAUCAAAGUUCCUCAUUUUUACAAUUAUCCGUGUCUAAAAGAAGACGAACGGUGCUCCCAUACACAUGUUAUUCUCUGGAUUGUUCUCAAGCAACAACUGUAAAUAUUGUUACGUAUCAGAUUUUAUUUUCUCUCACAAUGACAAAUGCAGUCCGCGUACCUUCAUUUGCGUGAAUGUACACGUAAGUGUACUAAUAUAUAUGUCAAGAAAUACGUACCAAGUUCAGAUGCGUAAUCAUAUGCAUUUUAUAUUGAUUGGUUAUACGCAAAAAAGACUUAGUUUACAGAUAGAUGGUCGAUACGGAAGAAUAUCGUCCAGCACACACUACUCGAGUACUAAUUAUGUAAAAUACAGAGCGAACGCGAUUCGCGUUAUAAAUAGAUGUUCCUUCAAUGACGACGAAGUGCGAAUGUGAGUUGGAACGAAUUUCAAGGCUCUUCGAAGAGCAAACCCGCUCAUCCUCGCGCCUCCUCGCAUCAGAGUAAAUCUGCAAUACGCAGUUGGCAAUUUUGAAAUCUAUCCGAGAGGAGGGAGAGGAAAAAAAAUAUAGAAUGAGAACCAGGGAAAAGGAAUGACAGCAAAAGCAACAAAGAAAUUCGAGAUAUAAAUAUAGAUUGGAGAGAGAAAACUUGGACGUGAAAUUCAAAACGGUGGACGGGGCUUUAGAAAAUCUUGUAAAUAAUGCGCCCACUUUUUUCGCCCGAGCUUUUUUUUUUAAAGCGUCAGCCUCACGAAACACUUUUCAGUCCGAAAUUACAAAUAAUGUAAAAUUGGGUGUAAACUACCUCUGCGCGAUGGCAUGACGAUUGAACGACGAUAACGAUGAUAACGUCGACAAUUAUGACGUAUGCAUAAAAACAAGGAAUAACAUUACUGUUUAUUAAGCGAUUAAGAUAUUAAGGAUAAUUUUAUGAACGAAAUAAUUAAUCGUUGCCAUCGAUUUAAUUGGCUCACUGUAAGACUGCAAUGUUAUAAUAUAUGCAUAUAUUAUUAUUAUUAUUAUUAUUAUUAUUAUUAUUAAUACGAUUAUACUUAUUAUUAUGCAUAAUAAUAAAGUGAAUCCAUUGUAAUAUCUACCGUAUGGGUAUAAGUACAGACGCUGGUAGCAAUGGCGUUCAUAGUUGUAAUCGAAGUCUUGUCAUCAACAUCGUAUACGUGGUUGAAUUUCAAAAAAUCACGAAAUCUGGUACCGUCAUAAUUCACCAUCUUGGAUUAUAGAUGGUAGGAGACUCGUAUUAAUCUUAAUAAGUAUCGUACGCGGUUCUACUGAAUUCAUUCAACAAUGUAAACGAUGCAUACGCCAUCCGUGCUACCUGUUCAUCUCUAUCUAUUACGUUUAGAGGCAUAAUUUUGCGAGUAAGCAAUGGUAUACUAAUAUACUUACCGUAUGACAUGAUAUUUACUGUAUAUCAUUAUUAGUCUACCGCUAUUGUUUUUACUUCGACGAGCGUGUGUGAAAAGAAUACGAAAGUGCCAAGAUCAUUAGCGCUGACCUUUUCCAAUUGAUAAUGUUAAGUUCGAAUCCCAGGUUAAUUAUUUUUUCAUCGACUGUUUAUAAGACAUAAUUACAAGUACCGCGUUGAUAACUGUUGAAGCGGUGAAGUAAAACUUUUUUUUACUGCUUGACCAAUGCCUCAGUAAUCCGGAUUCCGUAUCAAAUUAUUUGUAUCUUGUCAAAUCAUUUUUUUUUAAAUGUAUUCGUCUGUGUUACGUUUAAAAUUUGACAAUAUUUUUUCCCGACAAAUCGCGAUUUUGCUAUGCAACGAUACUUGGCCUUUCGCGAAAUAAUCACGCCUCGUAUAACCUACCGUUUAAUUUUAAUUUCUCUUUUUAAUUUGUAAGUCUGACUACAAACAAAAGCCGUGGGUAAAAUGAAUACACAUUAAUGUCACGCAAAAGUGUUUCCCAAACUCACAAGCGUACCCAGGAUACCUUGUAUCAAAUUUUUUAUUGCUAUAGUCGUCAUUAUACCUUAGUUUUGGCUUCAAGGGGUCAUCUUCUUAUCACUUAAAUUUGUAAAAGAGUCCCCUUGAAUGUAAAACUGAUGUCAGAAAAUGAUUGUUCUUGUAUCCUGAGAUAAAUUUAAUUUUUUUUAUGAACAAAUGAGAGAUGGAAAGAUACGGUAUUUUUUUAAUGUACAGAGAAUUUUUAUGUCUGAAGAACACAUCCCUGGGAAUAAAUGUGAUUUUCGUGUCAUUUAGGACAUGAUUACAAAGGACGCAUUUGGAAACCGUUUCUCCUGUUAGAUCUUACAAUGUUUUCUCAAUCACACUGAGAUCGAAUUCGUAAGAGGAGGACGCAGUGAUUCAGUAUUGAUACGAGUAAAUUUUCCAAUUGCAUCCCAGUGACUAAGGCCCUCGUACGUUGCAUCUCUCCAAAAAUAUAUAUAUAAUAUAUACAUAUAUAAAUAAACAAUAUAUUUGUGAAAGCUAUUUUCAUAGACGUUGCUCAUGAUAUAUCGUCGUCUGUGGUACAACUGGUUAAAGUUCGGGAAACACUAUAUCCUACUUCGAUAACAUGUAAAAAAGAUAUACUACGUCAUAGCACCAGCUACAUUACAACCCACCCACCCGCACGUGCCAACAUGAUUCCCUAUUCCUUCUAGAAACCCGUCGCUCAUUUCCCACCCACAAAUGUAUAGUACAAAAUACAAAUCCAAACUGUCUGUGUUCAAUGUAAUCCCUCGAGAUAUACAAUUUUUAGUGCAUCAAGAAAUUCACCCAUAUAUGUCCCCUGUGAGAUGCGAACUUUACGCGUGCCGCGUAAUUCCAAUAACCAAUUUCUUUUUUCGACUUGGUAUCGUCGAGCGUUAAGAUACCAAAAAAAUAUAUGAAGCAUACUCCUGGUGACGAGUGUUCGUUCAAUGUUCAAAAAGUUUCCUAAAAGAAGAAAAAGAAUUUCCAUUUGUAGUAGUAAAUUUUAUUCUUGUAAUUGGAUUUUAUUCUCUCUGGCUCGCUCUUUAAUUGUAAUUCCGGCUGUCUUUUAAAGCACAAAACACUCGUCAACGAGGGUUCUAUAAUGUUACACAUUUCUCCAUAAGUAAUCUAAAAAAAAUAGAGUAUUGUCGAUAUGCACUGCUCGAUCGUGACCUAAGCGGUGACAGGAUGUGUUUUGUCAUGAAAAUCGUGUUUCAGUCUUAGGUAUGAAAUUAGGUGCAACUCGAAAAAUUUACGAUGAUAAUAUUAAACAUUAUAUGCAAUAGGAUGUGAAAGAUGAACGAACAAAUUUUCUGUUUUACUGUUUUUCUUUAAGCAAAUCGUGUUAAGGUGACGUUAAAUCUAGUAACUAUUUGUCUUGGUGUUUUCUCUUAAAUAAUGUUUCGAACCGUAAUAACGUUACUCGUUUGUAGUAUUGUACAAUGUUUUAAGUCAGCUUUGUUUAUCAUCGUGAACCUUCCGAUAACAAGCAAGAUUCGAUCCGAGCGCCAUCUAUCGAUGUUGUCGUUAAGCAAUCGUUGACUAUCAUGAGAGAAAUGUUGACAUGAGAAAUAAUAAAAUCGAAAAGGGGGAAGUAUUGCGUAAUUAGAUGUACGUCGUAAUUGAAACGUAUGUCAUUUCAUCAACGUUAGAGUGGAUACUAAUAGCAACACAGACAGUCUGCUCUGCAGCACUAUCAUAUAUGCGAUAUAUUAGGAAAAAAAACUGAACUUUAUAAUAUUGUAAAUACGUUAUUAUAUUUUAUACUUUGUUGAUUGUAUAUAAGUGGUUUUACCUUUCUUCUUUUCAUUUCUUUCAUCUCUCUCGUUUCUCUUUGUUAACCUAUCUGUUUGUCUCUUGGACUUGAUUGUGAGUGGGCAUAAGACACCGCAAUGAAAAUACAUAGACAACCGAAACACUACAGAGAGACACAUGCGCGAAUACAUACAUACGUCCGUGUACAUUUUUUGUAAGAUACAUGUGCUUUUGAAUGAAAAAAAAAAAA